AGCGCGUAUAUUCGGGAUAUCUCGGUCGAGCUCGGAAUAAGGAAUCGUAGUAAACAAAAGUAAACAAAAAUAUCGAUACUUUUGAGAAUGAUGACAUUCUAUGAAACUAGGAACCUGAAACGAAAGCUGCUAUGAUUGCUCGAGAGUCUUGAUCAAAAACCUAAAUGAGCAUGGAUUUCUGUAACAGCUGUGGCAUUUUGCUGAACCCUGCAAAUGGAAAGUGUGAGUGCAAGGCUUGUUAUCACAGCAAAAUUCUGGGACUGGGAGGACCGGAUAUUGACUGUAUCUGCGAUUAUUGCUGUGCUGAUGCUGGGACGGUUCAAGCACGUCACGUGGCAGACAAAUGGAAGGACAGCCAAGUUGAUAAUGUCAUCAGAGUCAAGUGGGAAAUAGCACAAGCUGAAAUGAAGAAAAGAUUAAUAACAGAAGAUGAUGAUGUCAUAACAAAGAUAAAACAAGCCUAUAACAAAGAAAACAGUCAUGAAACAUACUACAUUGGAGGAGUUGACAUAUCCUUUAUCAAGGGAGACAAUCUAAAUGCAUGUGCUGCUUUUGUUGUCGUUACCUUUCCACAGAUGGAGAUUGUCUAUGAAGAUUAUCAAAUGGUGAAGUUGACAGCUCCUUAUAUUCCUGGAUUCUUGGCAUUCCGUGAAGCAGACUUCAUUAUACAGCAGUAUGAGAAGCUGAAAGCAGUACAGCCGCAAUACGCUCCUCAUGUUAUCUUUGUUGAUGGUAAUGGAAUUUUGCAUCCAAGAGGGUUUGGAUUGGCCAGCCAGCUGGGUGUUUUGUUGAAUGUACCAUGUGUAGGCGUGGCUAAAACUCUGAUACAUGUGGAUGGGCUGGAGAAUGAUGACACCCACAAAGGCAGGAAAGACAUCUUGCAGAAGGGAGGAGACACAUUUCCACUCCAGGACAGCAGUGGCAUGGUUUUAGGGAUGGCACUGAGAAGCUGUGAUAGUACGAAGAACCCCAUCUACGUGUCCGUUGGUCACAAGAUUUCUCUUGAAUCGGCUACGUGGCUGGUGCACAAGUGCUGUAGAUACCGAAUCCCGGAACCAACGAGACAGGCUGACUUGAAUUCACGGGAAUAUCUUAGGAAGAAUGGAUAUUUAUAGCAGACCUGAAGAAGUUUCAGCUAUCAAAACUGAUAACAGUGUGUUCAGGAGUGUGAGCGAUUACAGUUGCUCAUUAGACUGGGUUUUGCAACUAACUUGAGAUAAAUGUGAUAUGAUAGAAAAUGGUACCAGUCAAAUUGUUCCCGAAUACAUCACUGGGCAGUAUCUUGAUCUCACCCAACUUAAUGAGGGAAAUUACUGCAGGUUGUUGUACCCUGCAAAUGGAUCCUCGUGUGUGCAUGUACUUACUGAAUAUUGGAAAGUAUGGUAAUAUUUUCUGUUCGUGCCUUUACUAAAAAAAACCAUCAGAUGUUAUGGCAGUAUCUUCAGUUUUCUACUAUACUGACUUACGGCAGCUAUACUUACUAUACAGCAGCAUCUUAAUUGAUUCAUGCUCAGGUUGUACUAAAGCAGUUUCCAGAUAAAAAAACUUUCCUUCA